AAGAAGACGACGCCGCUGUCUAAGCUCAUGCGCGCCUUCUGCGAGCGCCAAGGCAAGGCCGAGGACGAGGUCCGCUUCGUCUUCGAUGGCGAGCGCCUCCGCAGCGACCAAACGCCGGCCGAGGUGGACAUGGAGGAUGGCGACGUGAUCGAU